CAGCUGGCUUGAAAGGUGGGCGGUCUACGAUGUUUAGAUAUACAAGUACGCUGUGUCAGAAAGUAUAGAAAAUACCUACAAUGUAAGUGUUGUCGGUUCGCCUAUAUAUCCUAGACGGAGAGCUCCGUUUCCCCGUCGAACUGUGACCCAUAACUCCCCCCACAAGGUGAAGAAAGACCCGAGAAGUUGGGGUAAUAACCGGGAAUUGAGUCACAGAUAAAAGGCUGCCUGUUCUCGUAUCCGACAGCUUUCUCUCCCUGCUGUUAUUCCUUAUACUGCUGAAGGCGCGUCUUAGCAUCUGAGAUAUUCGUCCAACCCCCGCCAGGAUGCCGUUAAAUUCGAGAGCCGUCUAUUCCCGACAGAACGCCGACUUUGCUCCAUUCUCGAGUCGGAGAAGCACCGUGCAUGGUACAAAUGGCAUUGUCACAUGCACGCAGCCUCUUGCGGCCGCAGCGGGACAAAAGAUCUUGAGUCAAGGUGGAAAUGCUGCAGAUGCAGCAGUGGCAGUUGCUGCCGCUCUGAAUGUCACAGAGCCAUCUUCUACCGGGAUCGGAGGAGACAUGUUCUGCCUCUACUAUGAUGCGAAGACAAAGAAGAUCAGUUCGCUCAAUGGCUCUGGCCGGUAUCCUUCCAAUGUGACUCUGGACAAGAUCAGAGCAGAUCUAAAGGCUGGUCCCAAUGACGUCGGAGGAAUUCCCAUGAACAGUGUUCUCGCGGUCACAACGCCUGGAGCAGCUGCCGGGUGGGUUGACACCGUCGAGAAGUUCGGCAGUGGGAAUGUUUCUUUACAGCAGGUGCUCCAACCAGCCAUUGACCUUGCAGAAGAGGGGUUCCCUGUAUCCGAAUUAGCGUCAUCUUUCUGGCAAGAAAGCGAGCAUCUCCUCUGGAAAGCAUCUCCAAAUGCGCACGAGAUGCUCAGAGCCGAUCCCAAGGCCAAAGAUGGCUUUAGAAGCCCUCUCCCCGGCGAAAUAUUCAAGAACCCAACAAUGGCAAAAACCUUCCGCGCCCUCGCCGCAGAAGGUAAAAAGGGCUUCUACGAAGGCCGCGUCGCUCAGGAAAUCGUCAAAGUCGUCCAAGACCUUGGUGGUUACCUGACCCUCGACGAUCUCAAAUCACACUCUACCACCGGCACCCAAGAAACAGAGGCCAUUUCACUCAAGUUCAGCGGCCAAGACAUCACAAACAAGCAAACAGCGGGCACGGACGACCCAGACGGCAAGCCCAACCAGGGCGUCGAGAUCUGGGAACAUCCUCCUAACGGGCAGGGCAUCGUCGCCCUCAUGGCCCUAGGCAUUCUCCAGGAACUUGAGAAGACAGGCAAAAUCCCGGCCUUCACUGAAUCCCAGCACAACAGCGCCGAAUACCUGCACGCCGUGAUCGAGUCCCUCCGCAUCGCCUUCGCAGACGCCUCAUGGUGGGUUACAGACCCAGACGUCGAAACCGUGCCCACAAAGGACCUCCUCGACCCUUCAUACCUGGCCGAACGCGCCAAACUCUUCAGCCCAACCAAAGCAACCGACAUCCUCGACCACGGCAGCCCCGCCCACAACCACUGCGACACCGUGUACUUCGCCGUAACCGACAAAGCCGGCAACGGCAUCUCGUUCAUCAACUCCAACUACGCCGGGUUCGGAUCCGCCAUUAUCCCCAAAGGGUGUGGGUUCACGCUCCAGAACCGCGGCGCCAAUUUCUCGCUUUCCACGGGCCACCCCAACGUCCUUGCGCCGGGGAAGAGACCCUACCAUACCAUUAUCCCGGCUAUGAUCACAAAUGCCUCGGACGGAAGCUUGCACUCGGUUUACGGGGUUAUGGGUGGCUUCAUGCAGCCGCAGGGCCAUGUGCAGGUUCUGUUGAAUAUGCUUGCGUUUAAAUACCAUCCGCAGGCGGCGCUGGACUCACCGCGGGUGUGCAUUGCGGCGGGCAACCCGGAGCUGGGGAAGGCGCUGGAUCGUACGGUUUAUAUUGAGGAGGGGAUUAGUGACGAGGCGGUUGAGGGGCUGAAGAAGCUAGGGCAUAAGGUUAAGGUGUUGAAGGGAUGGGAGAGGGGGAUGUUUGGCCGCGGACAGAUUAUUCGGUGCCAUCAUGAUGAUGGGCGGUUGGUAUAUAGUGCUGGCAGUGAUAUGAGGGGCGAUGGAAUGGCGAUUCCGGUUGUUUGAGUCUACUGCUACGAACAAGAUAUGUCUAGAAUGUGUGAUGGAGUAUGGUGAAUACAAAGGCAAGUAGACAACACUGUAAUAAGCAAUUGCAACAAUUCAUCUAUCCUUUUCAAAAUCUUCUGUAUAGAAUGGAGGUCUCAAACUCAAGCCU